AUGUUGCGCCAAUCUCUCAGACCAGCCUCUAGACUUCUUGCUAGAAGCAGUAUUCGUACCACGGUCCGCUUCAAUUCGGCUGCUGCCGAGAAAGCUCCCGUGGACCCAAAGAUUUCCGCCAUCGUUGACCAGAUCUCCACGUUGACCUUGUUGGAAACCUCUGCAUUGGUUUCUGAGCUCAAAGACAGAUUGAAUAUCUCUGACAUUGCACUUCCUGCUGCUGGCGCUGCCCCAGCUGCUCCUGCCGCUCCAGUUGAAGAGGAACCAAAGGAAGUUGUGGAGGAGAAGACUAUCUUUGCCAUUAAAUUACAAGAGUUUGAUGCGAAGGCAAAGCCUAAGAUCAUCAAAGAAGUAAAGGGCUUGUUAGGCUUGUCUUUAGUUGAAUCUAAAAAGUUUGUUGAGGCUGCGCCUAAGGUGUUGAAGGACAACGUUGCUAAGGAGGACGCUGAGAAGAUCAAGGCUACCUUGGAAGGUUUGGGUGCUAAGAUCGUUUUGGAGUAA